CAACUAUCGCUACCAACAAUACACCCAUUCCUCGGAAAACGCCCUAGUUAUGGCGCCUCGAGGUCGAAGUACGAUUGCGAGCCAUGAUGGCGACCGCAGUUACGACUCAAGCCCGGAUCCUCUGGCCCUCUCUACAAACGAAAACACCGCCAAAGCGAUGCGCCAAACAACCCAGAGAGAGCCGUUCACUGCGUCUUCGCCGAACAAGCAGAACAACAGAUUGGAUUUGUCGGGGGUAGACUUCUCGUCGCCCUCGAAAUCACUAAUCAUGAACACACCACGAAUGGGCAGCGCAAGCCCGUGGCGCAUCAAAGUCACUGUACAAGCUGAGCCCGGAAGCGAUGAAGAGCACGCCAGAUCCCCAAGUGUGAAGCGAUUUACAAGGACGAAGACCACCACCGUACCAUUGAAGGAUCCAGACGCGCAGUCUCCAGCUAAGCGCCCGCGUGGACGGCCGAGGAAGUCAGAUGUAGCAGCGGCUGCUAGGCCCAAGCGAAGCGGAACACCACUGAAGAAAGCAUCAAGGUCCGAUUCAAGAGAUGCAAGUUUGGGGGCCGUGGAAUCGAGUGCGGGAGAUGUAGAUACCGAUGUACCGCUCAAGAAGCGGAGGGGUCGCCCGAGGAAGAGCGUACAGCUACCGGCUGAAGACGACGAAACGUCGGUGGUUCAGGUACCGGAGGCUCGGGGCGCAUACUCUUUGAACGCGACACCGGAACCUGUCAUGAAGUCGAAAUUCUCGAGCUCAAAGAAGAGCACGCGCUUUGCCACCCCAGAGACACUCAUUCCACUUAUCGAGACCACGGAUGCCACACCACAGGUAGUACCAACCGAGCUGGGGAAGACACUACGUCCCCGCAAAGGCACUCCACACUCGAAGAAGGCGAUCUUUGUCGAGCCGAUAUCAGAUGAAGGGUCAGAUGAAGGCAGCGACCUCCUCACUCCAUCCAGCGGGGACGAAGAUUUCGAACAUACAGAGACAAUGCAGAACACUAUUGUCCCAAGAGCGAUGUCAGCAGACCUGCAUACACAAAGCGAGAAUUCCUCUACACAAUCGAGUGAAGAGGAGCAUAAUGCCCUGACCGGCACUGAUGACAAUGAUCCCGACGUGCCGCCAACUCAAAUGUUCGAGGAUGAUGACGACGACGAAUUUCAAGAUAAUAUGAACUUUGCUUUUGACGAAGGCGCUACAAGGAUGCCAGAUGACACAACCGUCCUCGAUAGCGAGAGCUUCAGCAUGAUCUCUGUGGACUCUUUACCUAAUAAUGGAAGUUUGAGCAGUCCACCAAAGGCCGAGGACGUGCAGAAUACUGCAAAACCACGCAUCGGAUCUUUGCUUCAGCACGAGUACUUGCGACCAACUACAAACAGCUCUAAUGCAUCUGGGUCUCAAACGACCGAUAGAGCCUCGUCAGACCUGAGCUACGAUGCAGCAUGUCUGCUGCCGAUCGACACAUUACACCCGGUUCCAUCACCACGUUACAAAACGCCUGCUAUUGACACUGAAGUCCCACAAAUCCCGCCAGCUAUUAACCCAGUACAAACCAAUGUGCCGAAAACCGAAACCCCAAGGCUCGGUCGAGUGGUAACGGCUGGCGUCGUUCUCCAAGGCGUUCUGGAUCCCAGUCGCUUGACACCUCAGCCUUCGCAGAAAGCGCGCGAUGAGAAGCGCGAUGAGCUUGAUGACCUCUUUCGAGGAUUUAGUGAGGGCACGCGAAAGGAACUGCAGGCAGGUCUUCGUCUGGGUGAGCAGCUUGCACAAGAUCAAACAAAUGACCCUGCUUCACCUGGCCCCUCCAGCCCUAUCAAAGAGGAGCCUAAACUAGCACUUAAAGAAGGCAUCUUCAGAACUCAGCGAAAGUAUCGCCAGUCCCGUCUUUUGACGCCUGAGGAACGCGACGAUCAUAUCACCACACCCGCGGGGGAGUCCGUCGAAGCAAACGAUGUUCAAUAUCCAUCUUUGAAUGUCGAAGACGUAGCAAGCUCGCUAAUCAGUCCUGCGAGUAGUGAAGAUGAGAUGAGCUGGCGGAUUGACACUCCUCCUGUUGUCAUAACAAGUGCCCAGCGCGAGCGCUUCGAGAACGCUAGUAAUGAACGUCGACGCCUGCUUCGUGGUCGUGAAACCGCAAACGCGGGCGAGGCGACUCAGCGUACGCAGCAGGAUGAUUACCCAGACAUCUGGCAAGAGGAGGCCAGUCGUUCGUCCAACUCGUUGGAAGAAGAAGAUGUACCUCCGGAGGUAUCUCUGCAAUUACAGGAUAUUUUUGCAGAUGAUGGUGUAGUUAAGCCCGCUCGUGGAAAGCUUCCCAGGACGUGGCGUCGCAAAAGUGCAAACAACUUCCAAUACAGUGACGAGGCAGAAUCUCCUCAACAGCUGUCGCCCCCACAAACGAAGUCUUCUGAGCCGGUCUCAGCAAGUGUUCAUGAGGGUAAAGCAAAGCUAGCCGAAAUUACUGUUGCUGAAGAUGGAGAGAUGGAAGAUGAUGAUGAGGAGGAGGAGGACAGCUAUGCUAGCGAUGCUAGCGACGAUACGGGCAUGUUCUUUCAAUCAAAUAUGCCCAACAUCUUCAAAAACAACCGAGCUACUGAACUGAAGCAGAAGAAGGUAGACAAGCCGAGUCUUUCUACAUUAUUGAAUGAGGGUGAAAGCCUAGUUCCAGAAUCCUCACCUCCAGUCGCAACAAAGAACUCGCUUUCUGCGACAAAGACAAAUCCAUUUUUAGACACACCACCUCGCUUCCCAGGCUUGCCAACGUCACCAAACAAGAGUAGCCCGUUGCGUCGGGAGCUUCGUGGAUCUGAUAUCUCGUCCGACUCUCCUUACCGUAUUACAGACGAGUCAUCGUUGCCACUUCCACAGAGCUCACCAUUCCAUACCAUUGUAGACGGCGAAAGUAUGCUUUCGGUAGCCUCCGACCAGCGCCAGUUCCGCGUCGAGAUGGAAGGUUCGACGACUUCCAGCAUCCGGCGUGUACGCAAUGAGGCGAAUGAAUACCUUGAUGCUUAUGAGCCGCAACAACGUAGUCUCAAUGAGAUCACUGAAAUCACUGAACCGAGCAGAACUUGGCAUAAAGACACAACCGUUGUCCUGCCAAGUCCACCGCCGAAACAGGAGAGCUUUGCGCAGAGCAUGCUAUCUCCAACUCGUAGACCAGUGUCACUUUUUAGCAGCCACAGGGAGUCGCAUCAGAUGGCAGCAGCCAUGCCAAUGCACGCUGAAGAUGGCACAGAGGAGACUGGGACGGAUGAGAGCUCGGUGUACGAAGACACAGACGCCAGUUCAAAUUCGGGCGCUCAACCUUCCAAUAGCACUGAACCCACAGAGCAACAUGAACAACCCACCACAGGCAUUUUCAGUCGCCUAACGUCUACCUUAUUCGAAGCACUCAGUCGCCCAGCUACGGCAGCCGCACACCCUAUUCUCUCCAGACUUACUCCUUUGCCCAGGAUAGAGCCCUGGACGAAGACACACUACAAAGCCCUCGACAAACUCUACACCACACACCUCAAACACCCCGCUCUCUUCUCGCCCUCUAUCAAACCAGCAACGCCUCUAUCGCAAACCAACACCGACCUCCUCAACCAGUUUCUUUCUACGAGCAAGCAUGCGUACGUCGGAGCAGUGUAUUCGGUAUGGGGCUACAGCAUGGUCAUGAGCGAGGAACUGGUUGUGCUGUGCGCUGUGUAUAUGCAGUCGCUAAGUUUGAAGGGCAUUGAUGAGUACGAAAAUUUCAAUCAGAGAGAGAUUCAGAUGGGUGAUUGCGCGCCUGGUAGGAGCGGGGACGCGAUCAGGGGUGAUGACGUUGUGAAAAGGCUAGCCACUAUAGUCAUUGGUGAGGCUGUGCGGAGGGAUGAGAAGGCAGGGAAGGAGAUACACAGGAGAGGAGCUCUGACGGUCGCGUGGCCGCAGUGAGGGCUUGAUGUGAGGGUGUGUGGAUGGAACCUUGCUGGGAGUAUUGUCCUUAGAAAGGUGUUUGGUCUUGAGCGGGAAUGUGUGAUAACGGCCGACUAUCUAUGGAGUUUGGAGUUUACUGAAUGGGUUUCAUGCUAUGAUACCACAAUACUCAAUUUUAUCUUGGAAAUGAAUGUUUCGGCGCCAAUAUAACAUGUAUAAAAGAGAAAUGUUUCCCUUUGCCCAGAGUUGCACAUCAAAUCAGAACUUGAUUACCUCGA